UCCGACGGCCCGUCCACGGGCUGUUGCAGUUUAAGAGGCAUAAUUUUUUGAAAGACAAAACUCGACGAAAAACAAAGUUAAACACAUUAUAUAUCCCUAGAAAGCUGAGAUUCCUGUGAUUCGAAUGAUGUAAACCAUUUUAGGAUACAAUCAACACAGCGGGUACAAUCUGUGGCUUUGUCAGACCACCCACAGCCAAAUAAACAAACACAAACUGGAAUAAACUCACCCUUGAAGCCUUCUGUUAGUUCACUGAUCCAUUACAUUCCAACAAAAACGGUUUGGUUACACUGCCAAGGGUCCAUACAAUCCAAUUCAGCGAAGUAUGUAGUCCAAAACACAUUUAUAUAUCAAUAUGCAUCCACGGAAUGUAGUAAUAGCGCCGUCAGCUAAUUUGAAAUGCUAUCACAACUUCGACGCAUUAUAUGGUCUACAUCCAUUUCACUCGUAAACAUGAACUAAAAUACGAUGUUAAAAUGGCCGCGGACCCCUGACCUUUUGAUUGACGGGUCAUUUGAGCCAAUCGGUCAAUGAUAAGGGUGUCGGAAAGGUGUGAAUAGCCAAUGAGCCCCUAUGUGAAGAAUGGUACCUCCCUCUUUUUGAUCGACAGUAAAUCGAUCCAAUUGCAAUGGAUGAUGGAAAUGACUGUCUGGUCUGAUAGCCAAUGAGUUUCUGUAAAGAAUAAUAUGCAACUUCAGUGGGAUGAUUCAUCUAGGCACCCGUGAGGUACCUGCGCAAAGUCACCAUACGGAUUCAUGCGCCCGUGCGUAAAGGCAGCGUUGAGCGACUUCACGAGUAAAAGAACAUAAUAGUGGAAAAAUGGCAAAGAGAACUGCCAAAACACACUUUUUACUGCAAGAAGUUAUCGAUCAGUGUACUCGUCGUGAUAGUGAUGAGUCGGAUGACGCUAUUUCUGAUGAAGACAGCGAAGUUUCAUCCAUUGACUCUGUAGCAGAGGAGAUGUUUUUGGAAGGCGGAGACGUAACUCUCGACAAACCAUCCUCUGAAAGUGAGUCUGAUGAAGUCUGGGAGCCAAAAAAACAUUCUGAGGGACAGAAUGACAGCACCUCAUCAGGAGAGGAGCCCCAUCCUCCACCUUCCCAGAGAGGUUCUGCCAGCAAAACACCAAGAGGCAGAGCACGGGGGAGGGGGAGAGGCAGAGCACGGGGCAGGGGCAGAGGGAGAGGCAGAGGGAGAUCUGGCAGCAGUAGCAGUCAAGUCGAAAUGGCAUCCAGCACUUCUGAAGAUGGAUGGAAUGAUGUUGACGUUCCAGACGUGACACCACCACAGCCUACAUUCAGACCCACCAAUGCACCAGGACCUCAGCUCAUUCGUACUGCAACCUAUACAGUUCUCCAGUUUUUCCAACUUUUUUUUUCAAACACCCUGUUACAGACAAUAAUUACAAACACUAAUGAAUUUGGGUCAACUCACUAUUCAAGGCCCUCCAACCCGUGGAUUGACAUUACCUUACAGGACAUUUUUGCAUUCAUGGCCAUGGUCAUUUACAUGGGUUUUGUGAAACUCCCUUCAAUAACUGAUUUUUGGCGAGGGGGUAAUCUUUACAGCUUGCCGUUCCCCAAAAAGGUCAUGACAGGAAAAAAGUUUCUCCGGAUCAGCCGCUCCCUUCACCUUAGUAGCAUGGUGGACGAUGCUGCUAAUGAGCAGAAAAGAGGAACACCACAAUUUGAUCGCCUCUGCAAAAUAAAGCCACUCUACAUAGAGAUGAGGGAUGCCUGCAAAAGGAACUUUCACCCUGGCCAAGAAAUUUCAAUUGAUGAGAGGAUGGUUGCCUCAAAAGCACGUAUCGGGCUAAAGCAGUAUAUGAAGAAUAAGCCUGUUCGCUGGGGAUACAAACUUUUUGUUCUUGCAGACUCAAGCAAUGGGUACACUUGGGACUUCUUUGUGUAUGAAGGGAAGCUGCAAGGAAACAGUGGCAAGGGGCUCAGUUAUGAGUUUGUGAUGGAACUCCUUGACAACCGGUUGCUUGGCACAGGCUACAAGUUGUUUGUAGAUAAUUUUUACACCAGUCCCUCUCUUUUCUGUGACCUCCUUCAGAAGAGGACCUGGGCUAGCGGAACUAUACGCACAAACAGAAUUGGGUUUCCAAAAACACAAAUAAACGUUCUGAAUUCUAUAUCUCCCCGUGGGAGUAUAAGAUGGAUCCGGAAAGACUCCCUCCUCUUUGUUCAGUGGCGAGACACAAGGGACGUGUUCAUGUGUUCCACAUUACACACAGCCCAUGCGGGGGACACGGUCCAGAGGAGAGUCAGAGAUCCAGCUGGGCGCUGGGUGUUGAAGGACAUCUCUAUUCCACCAGCAGUGAAGGAGUACAACCGGUGCAUGGGUGGAGUCGACCUAUCUGAUGCCCUCAUCAGUUAUUAUAAAGUCAUCCACAAGACCCAGAAGUGGUAUAAGACUUUUUUUUAUCACUUCAUGGACAUUGCCGUUGUGAAUGCCUUCCUUCUCUACAAGGACAUCACAAAAGGAAAAGGACAGGUACCCAUGCACCAGAAGGCCUUUAGGGAGACAUUAGUGGAGGAGCUGGCAGCAGCAGCUGGCACACCAGCUCCAUCAAACACUCCAAGCACUGCACAUCACAAACCUGUGCAUAUCAGUGGACACAGCACUGCAGGUCGUCUGAAGUGCAGACACUGCCAUGCAAAGACACCAGUAAAGUGCUCCUAUAUAUAUAGUGUGUGA